AUGAAACAAGCGAAAAAGACAUUGGUCGGAUUAACACUUUUUGUUUGCAUUUUAUUACAACAAGCAGAUUAUUCAAGUGCAAUAGAUCAAAUACGCCUCUGCGGUUUUAAACUGGCUCGGAAAUUGGUUGCUAUAUGUAGCAAGGAGAACUGUGGCAGUUUUGUUCCAACAGAACAUAAGAAAGGAGCAAAUAUGGUACUGAUUGAUGGCGAUGAUGACGAUGGCGAAUUUCCAGUCGUUCAUCAUUUAUCGAAACGAACAUUAGCAACUGCAUGCUGCCUAAAUCGUUGCUCUUACGAUUAUUUAAAAUCGUUCUGCUGUUCAGGAUAUUCAGAUUCUUAA